GCCGGCCGCGCGCUCCCAGCCGUUGGCGCUGCCAUGUCGGGCCCCGGGCCGCGGGAGCCGCCGCAGGCGGGCGGGCCGGAGGGCCCCGAGGGCACGGACGCGGCGCUGGACGAGGCGGGGCUGAGCUUCACGACGGCCGACCUGAGCCUGGUGGAGAUGACGGAGAUGGAGUACACGCAGCUGCAGCACAUCCUCUGCUCGCACAUGGAGGCGGAGGCGGAGGCGGCGGCGGAGGCGGCGGCGGCCGACGGCGAGCUCGAGACGCGCCUCAGCUCGGCCUUCCUGGCGGCGGCGGCGGCAGCGGGGGGCGCGCCACCCGUGUACCCCGCGCUGUGCCCCCCCGCGCUGGCCGACGGCGGCUUCGCGGGCGCCCGCCCGUGCCUGGGCGCCGUCGACGUGCAGGAGCUGCACAGCAUGCUGCUGAGUGAGGCGGGCGCGGCCGCCGCCGCGGAGCGGACGCCGGGCGCUAACGGCCCGGGCCCCGGCGCGCCCCGGCCCCGGGCGCCCGAGGGCGCUGGCAAGGAGAACGCGGAGGGCGCGCCCGAGGCGCGGGCCAAGCCGGCCGUGCGCGACUGCCUGGAGGACCGCUUCAACAGCAUCCCCGCCGAGCCCCCGCCCGGCCCGCGCGGCGCGGAGCCCCCGGAACCCGGCGUGGCGCUCAGCAAUUUGGUAACUCUUAUUGGCCAUCCAUCCGAGUUAAUGAAUGUGCCUCUUCAUCAGCAGCAAAACAAAUGUACAACAUUAGGGAAAAACAAAACUGCUGCUGCAACAACCGCUUUGCAGUUUACAUACCCUCUGUUCACUACCAGUGCUUGCUCUACUAGUGGAAGUUCUAAUCUUUCCCAAACACAGAGUUCUAGUAACUCAUGUUCUAUACUCGAAGCUGCCAAGCAUCAGAAUAUUGGAUUGCCGAGAGCAUUUUCUUUCUGUUAUCAGCAAGAAACUGAAUCCACUAAACAGACUUUGGGUGGUAGAAACAAAGCUUUGCCGGAGCAGGUUUGGAUUAAAGUCGGAGAAGAAGCGCUAUGUAAACAAGCAAUAAAUAAGAGGAAUCGGAGCAGCAUAUGUCAGUUGGACACGCACAUAGAGCGAAGAGCCCUUGGAGAGAUUCAGAACGUGGGCGAAGCCUCCACAGCGGCGCAGGGUGCUUGGCCGUCGGCGGAGCUGUCCCAGGCCACCCUCGGGGAGCAGAUGCAGAGCGGGCCCCAGGGAGGCAGGUCCCAGCCCAGGGAGAGGCACAACCACUUGGAGAGAGAUAGAAGGCGCAGAAUCCGCAUCUCUUGUGACGAGUUGAAUCUUUUAGUCCCGUUCUGCAACGCUGAGACCGAUAAGGCAACGACCCUGCGGUGGACCACGGCCUUCCUGAAGUAUAUUCAGGAGAGACAUGGAGAUUCUCUUAAAAAGGAAUUCGAGAGUGUAUUUUGCAGUAAAACUGGCAGAAGGCUAAAGCUGACCACACCAGACUCCGUGGUGACGUGUCCCACACAGGAGAGUCUACAGAGUAGCCUGGCUACGGAGAUCGAGUGACUGAACGUGAACACGGAUUCCUGGGAAGUAAACGGCCGUUCCUUCGUGACCCAUGAACAUUUCCUAGGACCCUGGGACUCUGCUCUGAUAGUCUAAUUCUAAAGGGACAUGACUUAGCUGAUGGGACUCUGGGGGGGACUUUGAAAGCACAUUUUGUAAAAAUAUUUAUCUGAAACAAAAUACUUACCCAUUAAUGUCCUCUUAGACCAUUUGGGGAUGAAGAUAUCUUGACAACUAUUAAGAUGGCAGAAUAGGAGGACGUGCGCUCACUCCCUCUUGCAAGAGCACCGGAAUUACAACUAAAUGCUGAACACUCAUCGACAGAAGGACACUGGAACUCACCAA